UGUAUUGCGCGCUGUUCCCACACUGAUGAUCGAUUGUGACAACAAAGAGAAUCUUCCAAACGAAGCAGAUUGCGAGGAUCUACCUGUUAUGUACGAGGACGACGAAGAAGACUUUGAAGAGGAGAACGAAGACGUGGACGACGAGAAGGAUGAGGACGAAGACGACGAUGAAGAUGAAACUUUGUUCAUAAGCACACUGGCCCUGAAGGUGUUACGAAAAGACUCUCUUGCAAUAAAACUGAGUAAUCGUCCAUCGAAAAGAGAGCUGGAAGAGAAGAACAUUCUACCGCUGCAGUCGCAUCAGGAGAGGCUUGAGUUUCGACAGCAAACUGCGACCAAACUCACCAGGCGGCUGAGUCAACGUCCAUCUGCAGAGGAACUGGAACAGAGGAACAUCCUGAAACCACAGAAUGAUACAGAUGAACAAGAGGAGAAGAGGGAGAUCAAGAAACAUUUGUCCAAAAAGCUCAGCCAAAGGCCCACAGUGGAGGAGCUGAGAGAAGCAAAGAUCCUCAUUCGGUUUAGUGACUACGUGGAGGUCGCAGAGGCUCAGGACUAUGACAGGAGAGCCGAUAAGCCCUGGACGAGACUAACAGCUGUGGACAAGGCUGCCAUAAGGAAAGAGUUGAAUGAAUUUAAAAGCACAGAGAUGGAAGUGCAUGAGUCGAGUCGUCACUUCACCAGGUUCCAUCGGCCAUAAACUGAAGUGGGAGCUUGGUGGUAUUUCUCCUCCCAUACCAGUGAACAGGAGUGAACACCCAUCGACUGCUCCAUGCUGCCCUUAUUCUGCGAAGCACCUCUCUGGUGGUCGCAGACAACUGGCAGGCUGCCGAAAGACGAUACCCUUCUGGAUUAGCAUCUUUUUUCAGUAGAGUUUUUAAAUUUCUUCAUCUUUGAAAAAAAAAAAAAAAAACUAAAUUUUUUUUAUGAUUGUGAA